UUUUGUGUAUGGUACAUUAUAUCUUUAUCAGCCUUCUUCUGUUUACCUCUGUCCUUACUUACAUGCGCUAUGGAGCCGCACUAUCUACAGACACGGCGUCAUCCGCUGCUCCUGCCCGAGAUCCUUCAUUGCCUUGGUCGAUUCAUCCCUCUUUGGCCUUUCAAUAUUGAUUUUAUCGAUUCCGGACAGCCUCAAAUAUUCGAUGCAAAAACCCUGUUGGCUUGCCUGCUCGUCUGUCGAACUUGGUAUUCAGCUCUCCAUCCUUUCCUCUGGCAUACCUUCGAUGCUCGAUAUGAGGUGUGCCCUAUCUUUAGCCGUGUCUUACCAGAAACCCUGAAGAAGAACGCCAACCAUAUCCGUUCCUUCAUCGCAGGCCCCACCUUCAUGUUCACUCUUACGGACACAUUACACCUCCCUAAACUUGCCGAGCUUGUUUUCGACAGCUUUUCUGAUUUGAGGACGGACAGAGGAUCUUACAUAGAGUCGUCCGAAUCCUUGAUGAUCGUCCGCAACCCGCAUAUCAAAAAACUUGGUUGGAAAGGUCCUUAUGUGGACAUAUUCAAGAGGCAUCCGCUCAAAAUCGAGCCCCUCAUAGGCCUCCAAUGUCUGACAGUGUUGGACCUCAUGGGCUGGGAUGCGUCGGGGGGCGCUCUCAGGCAUGUCCUCUGUGCUGUUGCCAACACGAUCACUUGGAUAAAACUGCUUAAUGUUUAUGGUGUUGAGGACAGAGACGUCAUGGACAUUUCUUUGCCAUUGGUCUCUAUCUUGGAGAUCGAGAUAUUAAACGAAAGAAGUGAAGGUGUAGAGAGGCUACCCCAUUGUUGUCCCAAAUUAGGCCACCUGAAGUUAUGGUUCCAGCUAAGGGCCACUAGGGAUCCAGGCUUUCUGUCAGAUUAUUUCAGGUCUAUCAAAUCCCCCUCAUUGGCCUCGUUCGAGAUGUGUGAACCAUAUGAAAAUGGGAUCGUUGAGGCGAUUCAGGGCUUUGAGGUGCUAAAAGCGUGCACGUUCAUGACCACAGAUCUAAACGUGACUAUUACAGAGGCGAUCUUAAGAUGCCAUGCGUGCACGCUCACAAGGCUUAGCAUCAGCUUACAAAAUACAUUAACUUUUAAUAUUUUGAACGUACAAAAGCAAGUCGAAGUUUUCACCAUUAUAUUAGAACGCUGUCGAGGGUUGGAGGAGUUAGCGCUCAUCGCUUUUGGUGUCUACUUCACAGAUGUUAUGCUACUAGAGGAGAUGUUUAAGCGGCCCUGGGGCUGCCAUAAGCUGAGGAGGUUCGAGAUAGAUGGUCUAAGGUCGACUCUGCCUGUAGAAGAAGAGGGCCACGAGAUCCAUAGCUCAUCGCUUCUGGCGCUAUUACCGCUACCAGUGGGUUAUGGGUGGUGUAUACAAAGAUGCCAGGCGGUAACUAGGGCAGUCUACAAGAUACGGAACAGAUUCCUGCGUCAACUAUUGGAGUAUGUGCAAGAGUUUUCAGACCUAAGAACCAUCCAGUUGAACAGUAUCACCUUCGUCCGGGGCAGCAUGCCAGCCAGCAAUUCAGUAGCAAAGAGAUAGAGAAGAUAGAAAAAUAAAGAGUGGCUGGU